UUGAAUUUAGACUUUAGAAGCGUUCAAGGUGGCGAAUACAAGAAAAAACGAUAGUAAUAUGGAGUCAUUUGCUCCGCCACCGCCACCUGUUCUCGUUCGUGGAUUAACUAACAGAGAGCAAGAGAUGUCAGAAAUGGUAUCGGCUUUGGCCCAUGUGGUGGCCGGUAAUGCGACUGAAGAAGCAGCGCAGAGCCGGGAAGAUGCCUCGGGUGGCUGUGGCGGUGGCGGUGCUAAUCCUUCUGCAUCUUCAUGGGAUGUUGGAGAUAAGAGGUUGUGCGAAGAGCAAAACACUAAGCAGUUCUCUGAAUCAUUUGCCAGCGUUUACAGGUCACAGAGUGAUGUUUCCUCUGGAUCAGCAGCAGCAGAAGCAGUAUAUACAUACACUACUCCUACAUAUAAUGGCCUUGGUCAUGGGGGAAGAAACAGAAGAUACCGAGGAGUGAGACGGAGGCCAUGGGGCAAAUGGGCAGCUGAAAUUAGAGAUCCAUACAAGGCUACUAGGGUUUGGCUGGGAACAUUCAAUACUGCUGAGGAUGCUGCUCGAGCUUAUGAUGAAGCUGCCCUCAGAUUUAGAGGCAACAAAGCCAAACUCAAUUUUCCAGAAAACGUUACUCGCCUCGUUAUUCCUUCUUCGUCUUCAGCUGAACCUAUUCUUCAUGCUCAACCUCACCAUCAACUGCAGAAUCCUACAGAGAGAUUGUUGACAUCGACAUUUCAGCUUCCGUCGAUUUCUUCAGAGAGCGUGCCAUGUUUUCCUCCCUUGUUCCCAGCACAGCUGCCUGAGAAUAUCAGGUUCGGCGACAGUCAUCAGAAUUCUUCCGGAUGAUUAGUGUACUUAUUCAUGCUUUUUGGUAAUAUAAUUCGACUGCAGAAUUUCCAAUCAGAAAAUAAGUAUUCCUUUGCACUGACGAUAAAGAGUAGCCACUGCAGCAAAGUGGAGUUCUUUCGCCAUCACUUGCGAUCUCAAAACUUUAAGUUCUUCAUGAGAAAGUUCUUUUGUGAAAGGCUGCAUUUCAAUUUUCUGUAAGACCGUGUUCGGCUAAGCUUAAUAAUUAUAA